AUACAGCAACACUAAGAAUGUUCAUAACAACAAUUUUAAAAAUAAAAACAAACUGGUGAGCACUGCUUCAUUUGUGGGAGGUCCCAGAAUGCAAAGAACAGGUAGCUCUGGCAACAAUUGAGAUUGAGAAGAGUUUGGAGGAGGAACUUCUCAAAAUACACAAGCACACCAUGUAUACCAUCAGCAUGUAUGCAUGCACACCUCUAUCUCUAUCAGUAAAAGGCUGGAGUGAAGGCAGGAGGUGGUCAUGAGAAUUUAUUUUUGUAAUCACUGUGUUUAAUUAAAUAUGUUUCAAUAAAAUGGUCAUUUUAAAACAACAUAUUCUUUGUCAGACUGUGAAUGUGGAUAAAUUGUUUUAAACUGCUCUCUCUGUUUGUCCUGCAUGUGUGAUGCUGUGACGGUGGGAUGAAGGAGGGGCGCACACGCACACGCCCACACGCACUCACACAGUCGGCAGCAGCAGCAGCAAAGGGGAAGAUGGAAGAGUAGGAGGCGGUGUCAGAGCGGAUCUCCAGCCCGCAGCAGCAUCACCAUCACCGCUGAUGGUCGCAGCCCCAGUUCUGAGCUUCAACAGGUGUCUAAUGACAAUGGACUAAAAUCUCCUGAUCCUUCUUUAACACUGUUGAACCAAGCAGAACCGGAAGCAUGAGUUCCCCCGAGAUGGAGGUUGGACAAGCAGUGACGGAAGAAACUGAUGCUUAUUCUCACCAACGCCAAAGCAACCAUGGUGGUCAGCCCCAUAACCAGGGAAAGCGAUACAGGAGGGAGGGCUCAGCUGGAGGAGCAAGAACUUCUCAACAGCGGCAUUCACAGGAGGAGCAAGACAUUGACCAACUGUAUGGGGCUCAGUCCCCACAGCUCCAGCAGCAGACACAGCCUACGCCACGACCUGCAGUAACCCGUUACCGCAGACAGGGAGACAGCGAGGCCCGGAUGAGAGUCCAGCAGCAGAGACACAGGCAGAGGCAGCAGAGAGAGGCGGAAAGGGCACAACAACAGAAGAAGCAGCAACAUCCAGAAAUGUCCCCAGAAGAUGAGCGCGAGCGUGAUGACUCAGCCCUGGCCCGCUCAGCCAGCACUGAGAGUGGCUUCCACACCCACUCCGACAGGGUAGAAGGGGACGAUGGUCUGGUUAUGAUGUCUCUGGAGCCGGAGGCACAGCCAGAAGCAGAGGAUGAGACGGGGAACUAUGGAGUCCAGCUACGGCCUGAGGCUGAGGGAUACACUGAGAGUGCAGAGGCUGAACAGCAGCACCUUCACUCACAUCUUUACUAUCCCCCACGGCCCCCGCCUAUACCACUUGAACCCCUGCCUGAUAUCCAAAAUCCCCAGAGCCUUGAUGAUGCUGAGGAGAUACCAAAUGCUGGAUACUCCAACUAUGUGUACACCCAGCUCAUCAGCCCCUCAGGGGGGAGGCCUGAUUGCUUUGGGAGUCAGACAUUUGAAGGUCUUGACACUGCACCUGUGGAGGAGGCUUAUGCUGAGCCCUAUGACAUUUACUCAAUGUCAGAGCACGUAUACGAGGAAAUCUGUGAUUCCAACACAUCGGUUUCAUCCACUUCCGAUACAGCAGGGGACAGAGUGUCUCUACAACAGAAGAGAGCCAGUUUUCGUCUAUUGGAGGGCCAGACAGGAAGUGGUGACUACCAUCAACAGGAGGCAGUGGGCUCUCGUCUGCGUCACUACGAUGAGCGCUCUGACGGUGAAUCUGACAGCCCAGAAAAGGAAGCCGAGUUUGCCCCGUACCCACGGGCCGACAGCUGCGAGCAUGAGGAGGACAUUGUCAGCAUCAUUGCUGAGGUCAAUGAAAGUGUGAGUUCUCAGAGCCUUCGUCAGGCUGCAGAGGAGGUUAUAGCUGUGAACGAGCUUGAAUCACAGGGCGACAAUGACAAAUGCCACAAUGCGUCAGACCGGGGGAAGAUGUUCAAGAAACUGACCGUGAGUCCUUCAGAUGAAUCUGCGUUCAUGAGGAACAGUCAAGAGAAGAGGGAUGCUAUAUCUCUGGCCAUCAAGGAUAUCAAGGAGGCCAUAGAGGAAGUGAAGACCAGAACAGUGAGGUCUCCUUACACACCUGACGAGCCCAAGGAGCCCAUCUGGGUCAUGAGACAAGACCUGAGUCCAACUGCUGAGUGUGACCUGCCAGCAUCUCUGGGAGGAGACUCUCCUGGUUCCAGUUCUCCUUCUCCUCUGGGAGCAGAGUCAUCCACCAGACAUCUGCUGCAGGACGAUGUCAUAGACUCCUCUCCUUCCAACAAAGACUCCAGGAGGAGCCUGGCCGUAGAAGUUCCAGGUCCAUGCGACCCAGAAGACCUGAUUGAUGGAAUCAUCUUUGCAGCCAACUACCUGGGCUCCACCCAGCUGCUGUCAGAUAAAACGCCCUCCAAGAAUGUCCGCAUGAUGCAGGCACAGGAGGCGGUCAGCCGUGUCAAGGCGGCACAGAAAUUAACGCAGAACAAGAAGCAGGCCCCUGAUGGUGAACCCCAGCCUAUGACAGAAGUGGAUCUGUUCAUCUCUACCCAGAGGAUCAAAGUGCUCAACGCUGACUCCCAGGACACCAUGAUGGACCACCCCUUACGAACCAUCUCCUAUAUUGCCGACAUUGGCAACAUUGUAGUUCUCAUGGCGAGACGCCGGAUGCCUCGACCUGACUCUCAGGAGAGUGUAGAAGCCUCUGACCCGGGUCAGGACAGCAAGCGUCAGUACAAGAUGAUAUGUCAUGUGUUCGAGUCCGAGGAUGCCCAACUGAUUGCACAGUCUAUUGGACAGGCUUUUAGCGUAGCUUACCAGGAAUUCCUACGGGCCAAUGGCAUUAACCCUGAGGACCUCAGCCAGAAGGAAUACAGUGACCUCCUCAACACUCAAGACAUGUACAAUGAUGACCUGAUUCACUUCUCCAAGUCUGAGAACUGCAAAGAGGUGUAUGUAGAGAAAGGUAAAGGCGAGAUCCUGGGUGUGGUCAUUGUGGAGAGUGGGUGGGGCUCCAUCCUGCCCACUGUCAUCAUUGCCAACAUGAUGCAUGCUGGGCCAGCUGAAAGGUCUGGCAGACUGAACAUUGGAGACCAGAUCAUGUCAAUCAAUGGGACCAGUCUGGUGGGCCUGCCCUUGUCCACAUGUCAGAGUAUCAUAAAGGGUCUGAAAAACCAGUCCCGGAUCAACCUGAACAUCGUCAGGUGUCCUCCAGUGACCACGGUCCUCAUCAGACGACCAGACCUUCGCUACCAGCUGGGUUUCAGUGUUCAGAAUGGCAUUAUCUGUAGCCUCAUGCGAGGAGGCAUUGCUGAACGAGGGGGUGUGAGAGUGGGUCAUCGCAUCAUCGAAAUCAACAGUCAGAGCGUGGUGGCCACGCCCCAUGAGAAGAUUGUCCACAUUCUUUCCAACGCGGUGGCAGAGAUCCACAUGAAGACGAUGCCUGCAGCCAUGUACCGUCUGUUGACCGCACAGGAGCAGCCUGUUUACAUCUAACAAGACCUCACAUGCCCUUUAACCCAGAGCUGAACCUCCGCUGUUCCCAGCACUCCACCUCCAUUUCCACUUCCACCUCAAUCCUUCUUCUAAAGCUGCUGCAGUGGGUCCAAGUCGUCGAUCGUUGUUGUUGGACAUUUUUUGGCUUUGUCUUGUCUUCAAGUGGCAAUGUGCAGAAAUAUAUUCACUCUAAGGUCCAAUAUGCAAUGGUUUCAGCUCCGCUAGGUGUAGCAGGUGAGUAAAAUGUCUUUCAAGGCUAUUGUAAACUGGUGUAGUAAAUUAGUUCAGGUCUGGUUUAGGUUCCGGAUCAUUUUAAGGCCCUGUGGGCUCUCAGAGCCUUGCAUUGAAAAAUAUACAUGAAUGGACAAAAGUUAAAUGUCUCUCCUCAUCUCUAGACUUUUUACUGAAUAAAAUCCGCUUUUCGGAAGUGAAUUUAGUUACUAGAUUGGUUUUGCUUUUUUUUGUCCCCAUAUCUAAGGGAUGAUCCCGGUUAGAGGCUGAAAUCAACCAAAUAUCCAGACUAAUAUUUGUUUAAUUUGAACAUAUUACAGGCGUAAGGUUUGUGUCAAUGUCAGUUGUUAAUCUUUGAGCGUUACGCAUGAUUUAAAACAGCAACUUUAGGCGUGAGAAGUGAGAACAAGGCAACUAGGGCGCUCCUCCUCCUCCAUCUGUGUAUAAGAGUAGUAGCAUAAUGUUGUUCAUUUCUGAUGACGCCAACUGCUCUGCCAUGACUAUUUCCAGAGCUAUUAGUUAUCUACAUACCUACGUGAGCUGCUGGCUCCCAAAUUUCUGCCUUUGUAAUUGUUUUAAAUCCUAAAUGUUGUUUAUGGUUGGUCCAGAUCAGGCGUGUCAAACUCGUUUUAGUUCAUUGGCCGCAUAUAACCUAAUUAGAUGUGAAGUGAGCCGGGCCAGUACAAUCAUAACAUAAUUACAUAUGAAUAACAGAAAGUCAGUCUCUUCCUCCUUUGUUUUCCUGCAGAAUAUACAUCUGAUGAAUCUACAAAUUUAAUUAAAUAUAAUUUUACAAAACAUUUCCUGUACAUGAAGUGUUUGUGUAUUUUUUUUUAAUUUUCAAAAUGUAUUAAGUGGAGCAGUUAUGGCCUGUGGGCAGUAUGUUUGACAUCCCUGGUCUAGAUGUUGCUUAUUUGUCAUACUUACAAUAUUAAACACACUAAAGAGGUUAUUGUUUAUCUGCAGUCGAUUUAAUGUUUGACUGUGGAUUGAAGCGCCUCUCCCUCGCUGCAAAGACGUCAUCUUUAUGCAGCGUCUAAAACUGUGUGAAAUCAGGUGGAAGAAGCCAGAGGUGUUGAUCAGCUGCUGUGAUGAGUUAGUUUCCACUCUUAUUAGAGAAAAAAAUGAAGAAACAUCUUUAGAUCAGGAGUCUCAUAUGAGUUGGGGAGGGGGGGCCCUACUGCCAUCAUCAUCUCAUCGGAGGGUUACAUCAGCAAUGGAGGACUAAGGCAGGCACAUGGCAGUACGAGUACCGUUUUUACUGCACUAUAAGUCGCACCUGCAAGCUAGUGUGCCCUCUAGCAGCUGUCAGCAUGAAUAUAGCGAACAAGUGCAUUUUCAGUGAUACAGGAGAAGAUGAUUCUGGUACACCAGCCUAGAGUGCCCUCUAGCGGCUGUCAGUGUAAAAAUAACAAACGUGAAAUUAGUCCGACUUGUAGUCUGAAAAAUACGGCAUUUAUAUUAUAGUGGUUUUGGACUGUCGAUACUACGUACAAAACGUUCCUGCUCAUAUUUUUUAGUACUAGUAAAAAUAAGCAGUUAAAAAUGUUUUAUUACACCUCAAGUAACCAUCAAAUAAAUCACCAGCUAUUUCUUUAGCCCUCGACUCUGCAGAAACUGCUUUACCAAUGCACCUCAAUAAAGUACUACAGUGUCAUUACAAUGUAGUGCAGGCCUGACGUUGGAAGUACCUGUGUUGGACACACCCCAAAAUCCAUUGGCUUUAUUUGGACUCACCCUGUUUUGUCUCCAUCAUUCUGGGAUGUUGUAGAUUUACAGUCAACCAAUCUCUGAAAACCGGAGCUGCUGUUGAUUUGUUGUAGUGUUGUGUUCAAUUCUGUUCAUGCUAAAAGUUGCAUGUAAACAACAGCUAUAACAAUGACCUUAAUAAUCCAACUGUCCUGCUGUCCUGCUGUCUUUGGAGGCCGCCUGUUGCAUGAUGGACCUUUUCAUGAUUUAUUUCUCAGACCAGGUUUAUAACAGGGAAACUGCUGCGUUUUCUUUAAGCAAGUCCACCUCUGUGGUGACACUGAAAUUAAUAUUGAGAGUUGACAUCUCAGAAACUCUUCUAAUCUGAUCUCUGCCCUCAGUUAGAGGUGAAGGUCUUUCCCUGAGAGAAAACGUCAGUUUUCCUGUAGAUUUAUGUUCUUGUUUACUGAGUGUUUGUUUCUUGUGGUCGUCGUUGUACGGUAAUACGCACCAGUCACGACUUGAAUGAAGUGGAAACUGGUGCGAGGCUGGACCACCAGGCGUUGACUGAUCUCAGACCUGCUGCUAUUUCACUAGCAGAUACUGCUAGUUUCUACAUCACCUCCAUGCUACCACAGCUUCACGUGUGUGUUUGUGUGAAAGCUGCCGAUGAAUGUGUGAUCACACAUCUGCCGAGUGGUUAGCUUUUCUACCGCGUAGCUCUGUUUUGCACAUCGUAUAAAUAGCUUUUAAACUCCAUUGUUCUCAGCUGUCGUGGUGGUUGCUGUGUUUAUGUCAUGUCGUCAAUCUGCACGUUGUACUUAGUUAAUUCUGUGUCUAAGGCAUCACUAUUACCCCACUUACACACCCAGACCCUGGUGUGUCCCUGAUCCAUAAUUCUGAUUUUAUUUUUUAAAGGUUGUUUCCUAAAUGGUACUUAAGAAAUGUCAUAAUUAGGGUUGUCCAAUAAUAUCUGCCGACUGAUAUAAUCAACCAGAUAUUAGCAUAAUUAUGUAUGUAAUAUCUGUAAGAAUCGUUGUUGUUUUUCCCCACAAUGAUGAAAACCUGGUUAAUAUCGUAAUCGGAGUUUUGAUAACAUCGGUUUGGAUAAAUUCAUCAACCUUGUACACCAUUACUUUUGUCUGACAUUUGUAAAAUGCUAAAACUCGAUCUUUACUGCGGGUGGAUUAUUUUGCUUUUUAAUCCCAGCAGUGACAUCUUCUGGAUCACACACCAAGUAAACUACACGGUCCGUUCAUGCUGUUGCAAGAUCUUGACCAUUGGCAAGAGUGGCGAAAAAAAGGCUUUUUGUUAAGGAUACAUUAAAAUACUUAAGUGUAUGGUGGUAGAAAUGUGAAGCAUGUGGAGUAGGUUACAGUCAGGUGGAAAACAAAAGUCAGAAUACACUCUUGUGAUUGUAUUGUCUUUUUAUCCCAACCACAUUAAUAGAGACAGUCUGUCUCCAUAUUAAUCACUAUUUUUAUUUUUUUCAAAGUUCAUUCUAUUUAAGGUUUUCAUUGCAGUGUGUGCAGUUUUUGUCUUGUGUGCAGUGCUGCACAGAUAUGACGGAGAGUAGUAGUAGGAAAACGGCAACAGCUCCAUCACUCCGUUCACCUGUGAUUGUGACAUCCCGUCCUGUGAUUGGUCGAGUCCUCCUUUAAUGCUUCAGGUAUUACAUAGUUGUGAGCGAAGAGGAGGUGAAGAUCUGAAUUUGUUUUUUUUUGUUUUCGUGGUUGUUUGAAACGUCCGUCCACAUGACUGGAGAUUUUCUUGGCCUUACAACAACAGCUGCUGCAGGAUUUUUAUAGUGUUAUAAAACAGUAUAGAAAGGGAACCAUGUUUUUAUGCUUCUUUAAAUGUGUGUGUGUGUGUGUGUGUGUGUGUGUGUGUUUGUAGACAUUGACACCAUCUUCAAUCAAGGGCCAGCUGAAUAUAUACAUAAAUAUAUAUAAAUACAUAUAUGGACAAACAAUCUAGAAAGCUAUAUAAAACAUAUACAUUUAAUGGUGAGUUUGUCUUUUUCAGGUGGCAGUUAUUUGAAUACAAAAGGGAUAGAACUGAAAAAUUGAUUGUAAAAGUCAGACGUAAGUGUGUUGAUAUAUACAGUAAAUACAAGCUGAAAACGUUUGUAGACUUCUAAAUAGUGCAAUUAAAACUGAAAAAUGUCAUUUGUUUUUACCAAGUGAACCUUUGAAGUGCAAAUAAUGUUGUUUUUUGUAAAUCUUUCAAUAUUUGUCAUCAAGAAGAGAAUCAGACUGAUUUUGAGCAACAAUUUUUUUGACCCAGUAUUUAAAGAUAUACAAUUACAUUUAGUUGUUGAGUGAAUAUAAUUAAAACAGAAUGUGUUGAAAUCCAUUGCCAAGUGACAUUAAUUUAAUUUUCAUUGCAUUUUUAGGAAGUGUACCAACUAUUAUGGAAUUUGGGUUUGUAUACUUGGGAGAAUCACUAACUUUUCACUUUAUGAGGAAAUAAAGGGCACACAAGCAUGACACAUGUACUUGAUUAGCUUAAAGGGAUACUUGGGCUUUUAUUUUAAUUGGGCAUUUAUAAUGUGAUUAUUAAUUUGAACCCACUGUGGACAGAGUUCGGCGGGGUAAGGCUUGUCUAAAUCUCGGACUAUUCCUUUAACCUAACAACGUGUUCACAAGUGCACUAGUGCUGAAUGUAAGCAGAAUGUAAACUCAGUAAGUGUAAAGAGGAGAAAAGAGCAGCAGCAGUGUUGUAUUUAUUUGCUGGCUUUUUUCUGUGGUGUUUUAGCAACUGGAUCUUCAUUCUUGUACCACAGGCAGAAUGUAUUUCCAACAAUAAAAAGACUUGUAGAAGAAAUGUGGCUCCA